CAUGUGCGAGCCUUCACUUUGGACCAGCAGAAGAGGCACCAGCAACAAGAAGAAGAGAAGGAAGAAGAAGAUCCCUCAUGCUGAUGCAGAAGCCCCCUGACCACCACGUUCGUCUACCUCCAGGCUGGAACAUCCUUCUCCUCCUCCUCCCUCUUCCACCAAACACUAAAGACACUUUGCACUAACUUUUUUUUUUUUUUUUUAAUUAUUAUUAUCAAUCCUUUGUUUUUUUUUUUGUUUUUUUUUUAAUUAACGAUGCACACCACGCAAAAGGACACCACCUACACUAAGAUCUUCGUCGGGGGGUUGCCCUACCACACCACCGACUCCAGUCUCAGGAAGUACUUUGAGGUGUUCGGCGAGAUCGAGGAGGCGGUGGUCAUCACCGACAGGCAGACCGGCAAGUCUCGGGGAUAUGGAUUUGUGACCAUGGCGGACCGCUCGGCCGCGGACCGGGCCUGCAAGGACCCCAACCCCAUCAUCGACGGCAGGAAGGCCAACGUCAACCUGGCCUACCUGGGGGCCAAGCCUCGAGUCAUGCAGCCAGGUUUUACCUUUGGCGUCCCCCAAAUUCACCCCGCGUUCAUCCAAAGGCCUUAUGGCAUCCCGGCGCACUACGUGUACCCUCAGGCCUUCGUGCAGCCCAGCGUGGUGAUCCCGCACAUGCAGCCCACCGCCGCCCCGGCCCCAGCCACCUCCCCGUACAUCGACUACACCGGAGCGGCCUACGCGCAGUACUCGGCCGUCAGCGCGGCAGCGGCGGCUGCGUACGAGCAGUAUCCCUACGCCGCCUCCCCCGCCGCCGCCGGCUAUGUGACCGCCGCAGGGUACGGCUACGCGGUCCAGCAGCCUCUGGCCGCCGCCGCCCCGGGUUCCGCCGCCGCAGCGGCCGCCGCCGCCUUCGGCCAGUACCAGCCUCAGCAGCUGCAAGCCGACCGCAUGCAAUAGCAGGAACAGGAAGUGGAUUCUGGAUGCCGUGCUUCAACCAAAAACAAACAAAAAAAAAGUCGCCGUACAGAUAUGAUAAUUUUUUUAGUAGCUUGUUUCUAGAGAGGAAAUGCAGGAACUAAUCCCUGUUACUUAAGCCUUCAAAGUCCUAUUGCUGUCUUUUUCUACUUUAGGGUUUAUUUUGUAUAUUUAUUAUUGUCACACACACUGAGGGUUGUUCUUUUUUUGUACGAUCAGGGAAAAAAAAUUGAGCUGUUUUCAGCAUGACCUCCUCUUGGGACAUUAGGGGCGGCAUCCUUCAACGCCACCCCUCACUCCUCUUGACCUUUGCAAAGCUAAAAAAAAAAAGAAAAAGCAAAACAAGUCAAAAUGACUUGUAGACAAUGACAAAAACAAGGUGGGGGCUAUAUUGAAAGGGUGGGGCAGGGUUGCCGGCCCGAGCCUCCAGAUGGAUCAAGUUGUAAUAGGAAUGUAUGGAGAGUUUUAAUCCCCCUGCCGGGCCCCAUUUUUUGGGGGUGUCCGGCUUUACAAGGCCACCCGCGAGCUCCGCCAAACCCUCCAUUAUCAGCAAAAAAUCUACCUGCUGCUUGCCUCAGUGGGCAUACAGCUGUUUCUCCCUGGGACAGCUUCUGUUGGAUGGGCCAGUGGCUAUAAUGUGAAAGGGGGCCUGUGUGGGGUAGGGGGGUGUCUGGAACAGGAACACAUUACUUGUAACUUACUAGUCGAGUUGUAAUGUUUGAAUCCCUUGCUGGAUACCAAUAUGGGGGCAUCAGAGUUGUACGGGGCCACCCAUCUGCCCCACAUAUCCCUCCAAUAUUAGAAAAAAAAUCUACCCGGCAACCGUUUGCGCCAAUGUGCUGUUUCACUAUUAUUAAACAAAAAAAUUUGCUGUUUCCAGAUUUACCCCCUCUCGGGACAUUUGGGGGAUACCUUUGAACGCCCACCGGCCCUUUUGACUUAUUCAAAGUAAAUCGCAUCAAGUGAAGAUUAUGAGUCAUGGAGUUUGCAGACAUUAAGAAAAACACAUUGCGCAGCAUACAGAUGCUAGGAGGUAGGGGGGUGGCUAUAUAGGGGCCCAGGGUGGGUGGCUUCCCUACCGCCAGGCCCUGAUUUUUGGGGGGAGACCAAGUUCACAGGGCCACCCACCAACCCUGCCAACCCAUCCAGUGUCAGCGUUAAAACAUUUUUACCUGGAAACCGUCUGCCUGAGGGUGCCUUUCCACUGCUAUUUAAAAAUGUUGUUUUCAAUGUGACCUCAUUCCGGGACAUUUGGGGGCUAUCGUUGAACGCCGCCCACCCCUUUUGACCUACCCAAAAGCUAAAAACAAGAAAAAAAACAAAAAUGACAAGGAAUGGAUGGAGGUAGCAGACGAUGACAUAACCACAGCUGCUGGGCUGGGAGGAGCGGGGGGGGUCAACAUUAGGCCGGACCCCUCUCCGGGCCCCACACCCCCUCCCUCCACAGACGGAUCACUCUGGAACAGGAACGCAUCACUUGUUGCUCAUUUGUUGAGCUGUCACAUUUUAAUCCCCCUGCCGAGCCUGUCUCUUUUUUUUUUUUUUUUCCGGGUGGGGGGACUGAGUUUACAGGGCCACCCACCAGCCCCACCAACCCCUCCAGUAUCAGCAAAAAUCUACCCGGCAACCGCCUGCCUCAGUGUGCUUUUCCACUGCUAUUUAAAACAAAGAGACAUCUGGUAUUUAAAAUAUUUAUUUUUUAUUUUAUUUUUGAGAGUAGUAGUGGCGGUACUGUAUUAAUAAUAAUUAUUACUGUGUACUCAUCUCAAGGCAUAUAAUAUAUACAAGUCAUUGAUUUAGAUUUAGUAUUAAUAUAAUAAUUAUUAUUAUAAUAUAUUAACAUACUCAACCAAAAAAUAUUGAUUUCGUAGCGAAUUAAGAUACAAUGCACUGUACUUUUGUUUUUAGCUUGAUAUCGGUUAGAUGUUGUUUUUUUUUUUUUAAUUGAGAAACUUUAUUUAAAUGCAUGCAGAAAAUAAAAACAAAAAACAAGCUAAAAUGCUGCUUUAUCCACUAGAAUGUAAAGUUGUCGUAGCUGUGCCGUAUUAUUUUAUUUUUAUUUUGGGUUCAUAUUCAUCCGACAAUGUUGGGAAUUUUUUUAUACUUGAACUAUUUCUUACAAGGGAAAAGAGACAAAUAAAAAAAAAAAGCAAACAUUUUAAGGAAGCUUUUCAUUGUAUUGGAUGAAAGUAUGUAAAGUGUUAAUAAAUAUUACAAAAACAUUUACUCAAAAUUUUGAAUAAAAUGUUCUAUAUUUCAAACA